AUGAAGAACCUUUGCACUUUUGUAACAGUCCUCUUUCUAAUUGUUUUACCGAUGGUUUCCUGUAAAGACUUGAAUACCCCAAAGAAAGCUUGCUCUAGAGCGAGCCUGCUGAAACGUAAUGAAAAACUCUACAACAAGACUAUAACUGGUUUCAAAGCAUCUUUUCCUAGAGACACCAUCAUGGACAUAAAACUUUUGACCGACAAUGUGAGAAAAGAUUUUAUGGAAUCAUGUGAUAUGAGACAUCAGUUGCUGUCAUUUUACCUGAAGGAUGUUUUACGCAACAAUAAAGUUUUCAGCAAGGCAAGAAAAUUUGACUUCAUCCAGGACUUUAUGAUUAUACAAGAGAUGCUGUCACACUGUUCUAAAAGUAAAUGUUCAGAGCAUGACACAGAACUCCAAAGCAUGAAAAACCUGAAGAAGAAGUUCCAUGAGCUCAACAAAGACAAGAAAUUGUGGAAGGCUAUUAGUGAACUUGAAAUACUUCUCCGCUGGAUUCAUUACUACUUGCAUUGA